AUGUCAAGAAGGUGUUAUCCUGGAAUGUAUCUUGGCUUGCCAGCAGUAGUAGGAAGAAACAAAGAAUCAGUCUUUGGUUAUAUCCAUGAUAGAGUAAUUGCAAAGAUGAAUAGUUGGAAGUGUACUAGUCUCUCGCGAGCAAGGCGAGAAGUAUUGCUCAAAAUAGUGGUUCAAUCAAUUCCAACUUAUGUGAUAAAAAUGUUCUUACUUCCCAGUAAUAUAUGUGAACCUGUUGAGCGAGCCAUGAAUGGAUUUUUGUGGAAACCAGGAACGAGGGAAAAUUCAGGGAUAAUGUGGAUGGCUUGGCAAAAAGGUUGUGUGCGCAAGCAGGAUGGGGGUUUGGGAUUUCAAGGGCUCCAUCAUUUUAAUAUUGUCAUGCUCGCAAAAACAAGGUGGAAUAUGUUAACCAGGCCUGAGGCUCUUGUGAGUAAGCUUUUUCAAGCUCGAUACUAUCAUAAAUAUGAUUUCUACAUGCGAAACAAGGCAAAUCGUAGCUUUUUAUGGCGAGAUUUAUGUGCAGAGAAGCGUAUUCUGAAACAAGGAUAUCUCCGACGUAUUGGGAAUGUAAAGACAACAAGAGUUUAUGUUGAUCCAUGGAUCCUAAAAGAGAAUUUAAGUUACGUUGAAAGCUCUAGUUUUAUUGGAAGUGAAAGUUUUAUUGUGGCAGAUCUGAUGAAGCAAGGUGUGAAAGGAUGUGACUUGGAUUUGUUACGUGCUUUCUUUAAUAAAGUUGAUAUGGAGGUUGCUAGACAAAUUCUGUUGAAUAUUAGGCCACGAAGAGAUACUUGGAUGUGGAAAUUGGACAACAAAGGAUUAUACUCAGUGAAAAACGGAGCUGUAGGAAUGCAGAAGCGCCAAUUCGGGAGCCAAGAAACUGUUGUUGCUACAAAAAUGAUUGCUAAAUGGGAGCGACCUCUACUUUACACAAUUAAAUGUAACGUCGAUGCCUCUUAUGAUAUCAAUACCGGUUUGACAGUGAUAGGCAUGCUGCUAUGUGAUCUAUUGGGUCAAUCUAUUGCGGGGAAAACUUUAUUUCUUGAUCGUGUGGCUAGCCCGUUGUUGACCAAGAUCAUAGGAGUGUGUGAGGCUCUUAGUUGGCUAAAGAAAUGGUUUAGUAGAAAGUGGUUGGUUGUGGUAACUGAUAAUCUACGUGUGAAGCAAGCUCUGGAAGAAAACUUGGUGAAUUACUCUUACUUUAACUCUUUAGUUUUUAAAUGUGAAACUCUUAUCAAAGAGUUGUUUUUUCUUUUUUUAUCGGUUUCUAAGAAAUCAGCUAAUGAGGUUGUUUAUUGUCUUGCUAGAGCAUCUAAUUUCUAUGUCUAG